AACCAUAUCAUAAUAAUCUAAUACUGAAAAUACAACCAAAUACGCAGGAAAAACUAAUAUUCUGGCAACAUAAUCAAUAUAUACAAAGAGAGAAGAGAUAGAAGAGAGAGAUAGAGACGGAGAGAUAGAUCGAGAGAGAGCGACAAGAAGCAAGAGGAAAGAUUGCAGUUUUUCACAUAUAUUUCGUCCACUUUCGCUCUCUCCAGGAUGUCUCUCCGUGCCCUGCCUCUCCAGUUCCUUAACCUUGGAGGAGAAAUGAUGUACGUUAUUGACCAGAGACUGAGAGCCCAGGCCAUUCCAGACAACCAGGCCACUAAAGUCUGCAACGACAUCAUCACCAUCAUGCUAAACCGUUGCUUUGUGGAGGAAGUCUUCACACCGCAGGAGAUGUACAGCGGCCCGGCUCUCAGGACAGUGUUUGACAAGCUCGCCCAUGCCUCCAUCAUGCGCCUCAACCCUCCCAGCAUGGACAAGCUGUACGACUUGAUGGUGAUGGCCCUCAAACAACAGCUGCUGUCCUGCCAGUGUCCGAGGGAGGUGCUGCUGGUGACCCUUAACCACCUGGAUGCCCUCAAGGAGUACGCCACACUCCCCCAGGCUGCGGCACAGGUGGAGGCCGCCCUUACUCUCUUCCGCCAGACCUACGUGGGCAUGCCAGAGGGUGAGGUGUGGGCUGCCCGUCUGGCUCUGCUUUCCUUCGUUCAAGACAUCAAGAUUCGAGUCUCUGUUUUCCUCAAGCAUAACCUCCAGACACCCACUGGCACCCUGGCACUCCCUCCCCCCGGCCCUGUGCCCCAUGGCAGCGAGGUUCCAGGGGUGGUGCGGGUGAUGGCGGGCCAGAGGGAGGUGGUGGGCAUCCUCAGGUUCCCCCCUGGUGGUGACUUUGCCCCCCCAGCUCCCCCCGGCUCCCUUGAUCCUGUGGGGCAGCGUGGCACUACUCUCGGCACUAAUAUGUAUACAGUUUCAUCUGAGGAGAGCAGUGUUGCCACCUCCUCCAGCCAGACCUACCCGGACCCCUCCAGCACACCUGCCCAAGCCCAGAGCAGUGAAGUCUUGGCAGGGUCAGGAGGGAUGAAGGGCCGAGGAAUGAGUGAAUUGAACCUCCUGGCGCAGCUCAUCGGCUCCGCUCCAUCCAGCAAAGAGUUUCGACUUAAUUUGUUCCCUUCGGAGGAUGACGAGGAAGGGGUGGAGGGGGCAAGGGGAGUAGCGGAGUGGGUGGAAGGAGGCGGCUACAGCUCGACCAUCACCAUUGAGGGGCGGAUGAGGGUUGCAAGGCCUGAGCUGGGAAGGAUUAUGAGUGAACUAAAUGAUUUGUCCCUUCAUUCUAAGGAUCUCGCCGCCCCACACCACGACAAGGGACAGGAUCUACUUGACUUGAUGGACAGUGUGUAGAUGGUGGUGGUGUAGUGGUGUAGUCUGGUGUUGCUGGUUUUUUUUUUAUUAUUUUCUUGUUUCAUUUUUUAGAAUCUCUUUUUCUUUGUUUUGUUUUGUUUUGG